CCUCUCCCGCUGCAUCUUCAAACUUCCAUUACUUUGUUUUUCGCUAUUUCCUCCUCUACUAUUGCGCGUUACUGACUGGGAGGGACACGGGACACGCCCCAGCACCCCAGGACACGGCAGGACAAGGGGCGGACGCGGGAGAUAAGGGAUAGAACGGGUGAAAGAUUAAGUCACACACACACACACACACACACACACACACACACACACACACACACACACACACACACACACACACACACACACACACACACCCUGCCACCCUAGCCAGCCAUGGGGGAGCCGCCAGGACUGAGUGAGGAAGAGAGGGAGGUCAACAAGCAAAUAUCCAUCAUCUUAGGGUGCUCAGUCUACACCCUAUACCAGUGUGAGGACGAGGAGGUGCAGGCGUUCCGGAGGGGGGUGGUUGGGGUGGUCAGGGAGGCUGUUAGGGUGAGGCAGCAGUGUGGCCCUCCCUCCCUGGCAAAAUAUUAUCACCCUCCUCUACUGGAGCCCUCCCCCACCCUGCCUACGGGGGUCACCAGGAGGCUUACUGAUGGAUACCUAACCAUUACUUUACGAAGAUUGACCACCACCACCACCGCCACCACCACCACCACCACUACUACCACCACCUUAAAAGUACCAUGGGACAUUUACCCUGAAGGAGUGGUAGCAAGGGCUCUCCGACGGCUGCCCCCUGCCCCGUCACCCCCCCCUUCACCCCCGUCGUCACCCCACUCCCCCUCCUCCUCCAAUUAUUUGCUUAGGGUGAAUAAAACACAAGAAUAUUUACUGGCAGCUAAACCAGUCACUCAGUACAAGACCAUUCGCUCUCUAAUCACACAAGGAAGGACCCCAGAUUUGUGCUUGGUCCCGAAAAAGGACUUCUACGCGUCCCUCCACCCAAUCCUAUUUAAAGACCCAUCCUACUGCACCCCCACCACCACCACCACCCCCCCAGCAGCCCCUCCUACAGGCCCUGACACCCCUACUGUCUCCCUGUGGCACCCUAGUCUCGAGGGAAGGCUUAAUCUGCAUAUUCUGAAGGCAAAGGGUGUUGGGGUGAAGGAGGGGCAGAGGGUGUUUGUGUGCGCAGGAGUGUACCAUGGCAGCGAGGUCCUUUGUAACGCGCAGGAAACGGGUCGCAGCGAGGGGGGGCGGCGAGGCUGGGGGGGCUGGGGGGAGUGGCUGCAGUUUGACCUAGCUAUCCAGGAGCUACCUAGGGGGUCCUGCCUCUGCCUGGCCCUGUGGAGUGAGAGAGGCAGCCCUGAGCGAAGGAAGAUAUGGGAGAGAAGUGUGGGUGAGAGAGAGAGAGAGAGGGAGGAGGCCAUGGUGGGGUGGGGCAACAUUAACCUGUUUGACUUUCGGGGCCGCCUGGUGCACGGCCGGGUGUGUGUGCGUCUGCAGGCCCCCCCCAAGGGCUGUGAGGACCGCCUCUACCCCCUCGGCCACACUGGCUACAGCAGCAGCGGCAGCACCACCAGCGGCGUGGAUGAGGUGGACACGAUGAUCGAGGUGGAAUUUGAGAAAAGGUUUAGCGACAAGACAGUGUUAUUCCCCGACACAGGCCAGAUGGAAGAUUAUGCAAGAUAUAUCAUUAAACUAGAUAAGGGACAGGCCCCCUCCCCCACCCCCUCCCCCUCCCCCCUCACGACGGCCAGCCUGGCAGAGAUGGCGCAGCGGGACCCCCUCACCCCCGUGGCAGCUGGGGUGAGGGAGGGGGUGUGGAGGGCCAGGCAGGGGUGCAGGGGGGUGCCGGACUCCCUCCCCUGUCUGGUGGAGGCUGUCAGGUGGGCGUCAAGGGACCAGGUGUCGCAGCUGUAUUUACUGAUGAAGGAGUGGCCGCCCCUCUCCCCUGAGGCGUCCCUGGAGCUACUGGCAGGGCCCUCAGCCGACCCUGCCGUGCGCUGCCUGGCUGUCCGACACCUUGACCGCGCCCUGUCUGAUGAUGCCCUGCUGCAGUACAUGCUACAGUUGGUGCAGAGUCUGAAGCACGAGCACUACCUACACUCCCCCCUGCUGUGCCUCCUGCUGCGCCGUGGCCUCUGCAACGCCAGGCUGGGACACAUCUUCUUCUGGCACCUCAAGGCAGAGUCAGAGCUGUGGCCGCGAAGGGAGCACAUCCUGGCCAUGAUGGAGGCCUACUGCCGGGGCCUGGGGGCGGCAGGGGUGGUGGGACUGGCCCGGCAAGUGACGGCAGUGGCCACCAUGGCGAGGCUGGCCCACUCUGUCAGGGAGAAGGCGGAGGGGGCCAAGAAAACGGAAUAUCUGAAGGGGAAACUGGAGCAAACAGAAUAUUCCCACAGUUUGCAGCACCUCCCCUCCCCCCUCCACCCUGCCAUCACCCUGGGGCGCCUCAGGGUGUCCGAAUGCAGGGUGAUUGACUCAGCUCGGUGCCCCCUGCUGCUGGCCUGGCAUUCCUCGGGUGAUGGUACCCCCCACCCCCCUGCUGUUAUCUUCAAAUAUGGUGAUGAUCUCCGCCAGGACAUGCUGUGCCUACAAAUUCUGACCCUGAUGGCAAGGCUGUGGGCUCAGGGUGGGCUCGAGCUCCCCCUGGUCCCUUACAGAUGCCAGGCCACCACCAGGGACCAGGGACUAAUAGAGGUGGUGGAGGGGGCGGCCACGGUGUACAGUAUCCAGCGUGUGUCCACCCUUGGGGCCAUCCAGGUGGACUCCUCUCGGCUGUACAAGUGGAUUAGGGAGAAGAACAGGACUGCCAGCAAGCUGGACCAAGCUGUCGACAACUUCAGCAAGUCGUGUGCUGCGUACUGCGUGGCAACCUUUGUGCUGGGCAUUGGAGACAGACACCCCAGCAACAUUAUGGUCAGCAGGGAUGGCAUGAUCUUCCACAUAGAUUUUGGUCACAUUCUUGGAAAUUUCAAGAAAAAGUUUGGCAUCCCUAGAGAGAGGGUGCCCUUUGUUCUCACGUCCGACUUCCUGCUGGUCAUUGCCAAGGGCGCCGAGAACCCCAAGGACAGCCAGGAGUUCCAGAGGUUCCAGCAGCUGUGUGGCAAGGCGUACCUGGCGCUGCGACACCACUACCGUCUGCUGGCUGUGCUCUUCUGCCAGCUGGUCAACACUGGCAUGCCGGAGGUGCAGAGUGUGGCUGACGUGUCGUACCUUCGGAAGACGUUGGCGGUGGGGGUGUCGGAGGAGGAAGCCCUGCAGUAUUUUCAAAACCGGUUUCAUGAGGCCUAUGGUGGAGCGUGGACGACUAAGCUGGACUGGUUCUUCCACUGUGUCAAGCAUCGGUAACCCUUUGUGGGAUCAGACGCCCUUUGUACAGGAUCAGAUUGUCUAUAAUAGGGUUGGAUUCUGUUUUAACCGGUUCCCUUUAAGAUAUCCAAUUCUUUCGCUGUUUUAUUAAGAUUCUGUGAUCCUUUUAGUGUCAUGCAUGGAUGGUGCCCUUUGUGGGAUCAGAGGCUCUUUAUAACAGGAUCAAGUUGUCUGUAUACCAUGGGUUCAAAUUCCCUUUAGAUCUGAUUCUCUUCAGGACUAAAUUCUUUCCCUCUUGUAUCAGAUUCCCUUUACAUUGGAUUGAUUUCUCCUGUACAGGUUCAAACUCCCUUUAUACAGGUUCAAAUUCCCUUUAUACAGGUUCAGAUUCUUUAGACAGGCUCAAAUUUCCU